AUGGUGAAGUAUUUCCUGGGCUUGAAUUUGCUGAAGAGCUCCUGGGACCAAGUAUUCACUGCUUUUUGGCAGCGCUACCCAAACCCAUACAGCAAACAUGUCCUGACUGAAGACAUUCUGUACCGCGAGGUAACCAGUGACCAGAAGCUUAUAACCAGGAGGCUUUUGACUAAGACCAACCGCCUGCCACGAUGGGCAGAGUGCUUCCUCCCAGCUAAUGUGGCCCAUGCUGUGUACAUUUUAGAAGACUCCAUAAUCGACCUUCACACAAGAAAACCUUAACAACCUAUACCUGGAACAUAAACCACAGCACAGUCAUGUCUGUGGAGGAACGCUGCACAUACUGUGAAAAUCCAGAGAACAAAAGCUGGACCAAGAUUAAAAGAGAGGCUUGGGGUGUCGUCAAGUGUGUUUGGUUUUAGCAGACCCAUACAGGAGUUUGGUCUGGCUCGGUUCAAACGUAAUGUGACCAAGGCAAUCAAGGGCUUUGAAUUCAUCUUGACAAAAAUGCAAGGUGAUGCACCUUCCAGAACACUAGUGGGAACUGCAAAAGGGGCAACAGAAAAAGCAAAGGAGGCAGCACUUGCUGCAAAGGAGAGAGCCAAAGAUUUGGCCAGCGGCAGCUACAAGCAAGAAACAGCAAUAUGUCUAA